CGACAUUCUCUCGUACACAUAUUCAUUGUCCACAAACGCCACCAAGAGCAAGAACGUAACAUCAAAUUGACGAAAAUAAAAAGUAAAAUCUAACCAAAAGAUUUUUUUAGGAACAAAAUUGCACAAAUUAUAAAUUAAUUAUAAUUUAUUAUCACUGAUAGUGUGAUAUGUAACAUACGAAUGUAGUUACUAUAACGUAGAUUUUAUUAUUUUUCUUGGUAAUGACUGUAUAUACGAUAAUAAAUGAACAAUUUUAUAUAUCAAUAUCACGAUAUAAUAUUCCAAUAUGUCAAUGAAGCAUUUAAAUUAACUAGUGAGCCAUUCUACAACACAGUUAUGGCAAUAGAUAAAGUAUGCCAGAAUGACAGACGAUGCUUAUAAGUAAUUUUUAAUUAUGAAUAAACCUCAGCGCCUGAUUUUGGGACUCUCCGUUUUGUUAUUAGUUGAUAUUAUUCGAGUUUCUAGCUCUGAAUUAACUAAGUAUGUUUAUAGGGAAGCCAAUUUUAAAAAGCCUUUUUUCAGUACUUACGUGAAUACUUCGUUAUUAACUCUUUAUUUAUUGGGCUUAUGUUUUUGGCCACCAUGGAGAGAUCAGUGUCUUAAACCACCUACUUACAUGUUCAUAGAUUCAGCUAUAGAAGAUGAUACUUACUAUUUGGAAGGCAAUAAUAGUUUGAGUGAUCCUACAUUUGUACCUAUAAAAAAAGCAGACCAAUGUGAUCGAUCGUCAGGUACAGAAAGUGAUGAUUCCUCGAUACGAGCUGUGAGAUUUAGUAAAUUAGCAGAAGUAAGACACAUGUCUGAAAGUGAUGCUACAGAAGCUUUAUUAGCUAGAUUAAGUUAUCAAGCAAGUAUUCGAGCUGGUGAACAUGCCAGACGACAAGCGUAUAAAUUUUCUAUUCGAAAAAUUGCCAAAAUAGCUUUGAUGUUUUUUUUCCUCUUAUUUGCUGCAAAUUAUUGUUAUCAAAUGUCACUGGCUCAAGCGCAAACAGGAAUUGUAACAGUAUUAUCCUCUACAUCUAGUUUAUUUACGCUAAUCCUUGUUACAUUGUUUCCCAGUAUGAAUUCUGAUAAAUUUACACUAUCAAAACUUAUAGCUGUAUCAGUUAAUAUUUUUGGAUUGGUCUUAAUAAGCCUGUCUAAUGUGAAAAUGGAAAUGAAUGAAGUUAUGACUAAAAGCAUAAUUUUGAGUACAGCAAGUGCAUUUUUAUACGCUCUUUACAUCGUUUUUUUAAACAGAUCAGUUGAUCAUGAAGAUCGAAUGGAUUUACCAAUGUUUUUUGGAUUCAUAGGUUUGUUUAAUCUUACUUUUUUAUGGCCAUUAUUUUUUAUAUUUCACUACGGACAUUGGGAAGAAUUUGAGUGGCCCAAUAGUCGUCAAUGGACUUUUUUGAUUGUUAAUGGGUUAAUUGGUACAGUACUCAGUGAAGUUUUAUGGCUGUGGGGUUGUUUUUUAACUUCAUCGCUUAUAGCAACAUUAGCUAUUAGCUUGUCAUUACCAAUGUCAGUAAUAGCAGAUGUAUUAAUUGGAAGAAUUGAGUAUUCGUAUACAUUAUAUCUUGGUAUUGUACCAGUGAUACUUGCAUUUACAACAGCAUGUCUUCUUUCUUACUAUGACAAUUGGGAUCCGGUGAUAGAUUUAUUCAGAUACCUCUAUUCAUGGCUGUCAAGAAAAAAUAGAAAUAUAAGGAUACCUGAUUUAGAAAUCGAACAAACCGAAUUCCUCAUCAGUGUAAACGGUGAUGAUCAUGAAGCUUAAUGAUUUAAUACGAUUUUUUAUUCUUCAAGUAUCUAAAAAUAUUAUCUGAGAACAAAUAGAAUGGACAAAUCUAUUCAAUUUGACAUAAUUCUAAAAAAAUUUUUGUCAAUAUUCGUACAAUAUUUUCAAUUGUAUUAUUAAAAGUUUGUACACUUCAGAUA